AUGGUAGGAGGAAGGCAUCCAAUGAAAAUAACCUAUUCUGUGGGUUUUAAAUCCGAUGGAAAGAUUACGGCCUUGUACUUGAAUUUGUUGGUAAAUGCAGGCAUAUCAGAGGAUUAUAGUCCACUUAUUUCACAUGCCAUUAUAACUUGUCUAAAAAAAUACAACUGGGGUGCUCUCGCUUUUGAUAUUAAACUAUGCAAGAUGAAUCUUACAAGUAAAUCAUCGAUGCGAGCACCAGGGCAGGUACAGGGAUCUUACAUUGCUGAAGCUAUUAUUGACCGUGUAGCAUCUUUCCUGUCCUUGGAUGUCGAUGUUGUGAGAAAAAGAAAUUUGCAUACAUAUGAAAGCCUGAAGUUUUUUUAUGGAAGUAGCAGUGGAGAAGCUCCGGAAUAUACUUUACCUGCUAUAGUUGAUGAGUUGUUUACAUCUGCAAGCUACUUCAAUCGUCUUGAAAUGGUAUUGCAUUUCAAUAGUUGCAACAAAUGGAAAAAACGAGGGAUUUCUUGGGUACCAAUUGUAUAUGAAGUGGAACCAAUGCCAACACCAGGGAAAGUAUCCAUUCUAAAUGAUGGUUCAAUUGUUGUUGAAGUCGGAGGAAUUGAAAUAGGCCAGGGACUGUGGACAAAGGUGAAGCAAAUGGCUGCAUUCGGUCUUGAACAGCUAUGGGAUGAAGAGAAAAAAUAUCUUUUGGAUAGGGUUAGAAUCAUUCAAGCAGAUACUCUGAGUUUGGUUCAGGGAGGUUUAACUGCUGGAAGCACCAAAUCUGAAGCAAGCUGCGAAGCAGUUCGUCUAGCAUGCUCUAUUCUAGUCAGCAGAUUAAAGCCUCUUAAGCAAAGUUUGGAAGAGCAAAUGGGAUCAAUUUCAUGGGACACCCUUAUUACCCAGGCAAAUUUGCAAUAUGUGAACUUAUCAGCGAGUACAUUUUGGGUUGCUGACGAUACUUCAUCAUAUCUAAAUUAUGGGGCUGCUAUAAGCGAGGUAGAAAUUGAUGUUCUCACUGGAGCUACUACGAUAUUGAGAGCAGACCUUACAUAUGACUGCGGACAGAGCUUGAGUCCUGCCGUGGAUCUAGGACAGGUUGAAGGGUCUUUUGUUCAAGGAAUUGGAUUUUUUGUCCUAUUGAUUUUGUUCAAUAUAUAA